AUGGGGACAGAGAAGAAAGGGGUGUGGGGAUGGGGGUGGGUAGCUAAAGGGGUGUUAGGAUGGGGGUUGGGGAAAAGAUGGGUUAAAAGGCAUCGCAACAAAGACAGCGCCUCCGAUUCACGCGGCACGGAGAACUCGCCGGACGACGAGAAUUCUCCGAUCGAGCAGGUGGCGCUAACGGUCCCGGUCACUGACGAUCCCUCACUGCCAACCUUCACUUUCCGAACAUGGAUUUUGGGAACCCUAGCGUGCGUUCUUCUGUCGUUCCUGAACCAGUUCUUCGGGUACCGAAGAGAGCCACUCUCCGUCACGGCGAUUUCGGCGCAGAUCGCGGUGGUUCCGAUGGGACACUUGAUGGCGGCGACGGUGACGAAGCGAGUGUUCAUGAAGGGGACGAAGUGGGAGUUCACGCUGAAUCCAGGGAAGUUCAAUGUGAAGGAGCACGUGCUCGUCACCAUCUUCGCUAGUUCCGGAGCCGCGAGUGUUUACGCCAUCCAUUUCGUUAGCGCCGUUAAGGUUUUCUACCAGAAGGAGUUAACGAUUUUGGUAGCGUUAUCAGUGGUUAUAACGACGCAGAUUUUGGGCUUCAGUUGGGCCGGGAUUUUCCGACGGUACCUGGUGGAGCCCGCCGCCAUGUGGUGGCCCCAAAAUCUCGUCCAGGUCUCGCUUUUCAGUUUUGCUUAUUAUGUUUUUCCUGGUUACUUGUUCCCAAUGUUAACAUCAAUUUCUUGGAUCUGCUGGAUGUUUCCAACUUCCAUUAUAGCACAACAGUUAGGUUCAGGGUUGCAUGGUCUUGGAGUUGGGGCAAUUGGCUUUGACUGGUCUAGUAUAUGUUCUUAUCUUGGUAGUCCUCUGGCCAGUCCAUGGUUUGCUACAGCUAAUGUUGCUGCUGGUUUUGCCAUUUUCAUGUAUGUUAUUACACCAUUUGCUUAUUGGUUGAAUCUUUACGAGGCAAGAAGAUUUCCUAUAUUUUCAGAUGAUUUAUUCAUGUAUGUAGAACUUGCUGUGUAUAUAAUAUGUGUCAUGAAUAGUCAGGAUUAA